AGAGCCAUGCAGUCCCUCACUGGAUCCCUGCGGUCCCUCGCCCUCACACCAACAGCCACCCGCGCGACCGUCGUCCGCACUCUCGCGACCUCUGCGACCGCCUCUGCCGCCGUGUGGACCCCGCGCACCAAGCGCACCGGCGUGCUCGCGAGGAAACAUGGCAUGACGGCCCUCUGGGCACAAGACGGCACCCGCAUCCCCGUCACCGUCCUCGAGCUCGACGCGACCCAGGUCAUCUCGUCGCAGACCUACCCGGCCGCCGGCAAGGUGCCCGCCCGCCACACCGUCAUCGUCGGCACCUCGCCUCGCAAGGCCAAGAACACCAACGGCGCCCUCAUGGGCCAGUUCCGCAACGCCGGCGUCGACCCCAAGAUGCGUGUCGCAGAGUUCGAGGUGACCGAGGAUGCGCUUGUGCCCGCAGGGACCGAGAUCUCGGCGGCACACUUCGUUCCCGGGCAGCACGUCGACGUUCAAGCGCCUUCAAUCGGCAAGGGUUUCCAGGGCGGCAUGAAGCGGCACGGGUUCGCCGGUCUGCGAGCGAGUCACGGUGUGUCGAUCAGCCACCGUAGCCACGGUUCGACGGGUCAGCACCAGGACCCUGGUCGUGUCUUCCCGGGCAAGAAGAUGGCGGGCCGCAUGGGCGGCCGCAACGUGACGACGCAGAACCUCCUCAUCGAGCGCAUCGACACGCUGCACAACGUCCUGUACGUGCGUGGCGCCGUCCCCGGCGCGCCCGGCUCGUUUGUCCGGGUCGAGGACGCGCUCAAGAAGGUCGGGUGGAAGGCGCAGAUGCGCGAGAAGCGCGGGAUCGGGCGCGACGAGGGCGAGGUGCUCGCUGGCGUCAAGGGCUUGCCCAUGCCGGCCGCGAGCAGGGACAUGGCCAAGAGCUGGCCGCGCGAGGUGCAGCGGUCGGGAGGGUUCAAGUAGACGGGCCCAAGCUGGCAAGCUCGUUCCUGACGACGCG